UAAAGCCACGUAUCAUCAUUAGAAAACAUAGAAACCUCCUCCAAAGUCCAAAGUAUCCAAUCUCCUCUUCACUAAUUGUACUACUCCACUUUUAAUUAAUUUAAUUUUAUCAUCUUCCCCAUUUAUUUAUGUGACGCACGAUUUCAUUUGAUUUUAUUUGAUUAGGGUAGUACAGAUAUAAGUAUGGACUAAGGAGACUAGAUUUGGGUCCUCGAUUCUCUCUGCUCUGCUUUCAGCUGCAAAACCCAGAAAGAAAAACCCAGAAGAACAAGAUAAAUCAUUUCCCAGCUCAACUCAAUCAAGUAACCUCAUAUGAAAGGAGCUUGGACAAAUAGAAGCAACAUUUGUAGGGAUGUAGUAAGGGAGAGGGAGAUUUCAGUUUGCUUUUCUGGCUGUCUUGGUAACGGCGAAUGUUGCUCAUGGUUAAAAGAUCAUUUUUGCCUCUGCAAAAAUCAGGAAGAGAAUGAGGGUUCAUUUUUAUAUUGAUUUAAUAUUAAUCCUGGAGCAUUUUGGAAGAAUGAGCAGUGAAGCUUGUGUAGCACCACAACAAGGAUUUCUCUCAUGGUCUACUUCACAGUUUGGGCUUUGCUUUUCCUGUGCUGUUCUGUUGAAGCUACUUGUAGAAGAAACAUUUUUUUUUUUUGGAUUUUUUAUGAGUAGUGUUUAAUAAGUACCUAUAUCCUCAUUAAAAAGUGUUUAUGUUGUAUGCAGCGAAUUUGCUGCUAAACUGACAAGCUGCAGAGAUGGCUAGCCGUGCCUCCCGUACUAUAUAUGUUGGCAAUCUUCCUCUGGAUGUAAAGGAUUGGGAGAUUGAAGAUCUGUUUUACAAGUAUGGUCGUAUUGUAGAUAUCGAAAUGAAGCUUCCGCCACGCCCUCCAGGAUAUUCCUUUGUGGAGUUUGAGGAUCCAAGGGAUGCUCAAGAUGCAAUCAGGGGUCGUGAUGGCUAUAACUUUGAUGGUUGUCUUCUGAGGGUUGAGCUGGCUCAUGGUGGUAGGGACAGGUCCCCCCCUAUGGGCCGACGUGGUGGUGGUAGUGGUGGUGGUGGCGGCGGAGGCAGUGUUCGGGGUGGGGGUGGAGGUGGGCAGUAUGGUGCUUCACGUAAUUCUGAGUUUCGAGUAAUUGUCAGUGGACUGCCACCUUCAGCUUCAUGGCAAGAUCUGAAGGAUCAUAUGCGUAAGGCCGGGGAUGUCUGCUUUGCCCAAGUUUUCCGUGAUGGUGAAGGUAUGGUGGGAAUGGUUGACUACACUAAUUAUGAAGACAUGCAAUAUGCUAUCCGGAAACUGGAUGACACUGAAUUUCGUAAUCCUUUUUCAAGGUCCUACAUGCGGAUAAAAGCCUAUGAGGGUAGUCCCCCUAGGAGCAGGAGCAGGAGUAGAAGCAGGAGCCCUAUCCGGGAUAGAAGCAGAAGUGUAGAAAGGAACCCAAGACCUGCUCCAAGAUCUAGGUCUGCAUCCCCUGCACAGCCAACAAGAUCUAGGUCUGCUUCACCGCGCUAGGAAAAUGCCUCAUAUUCAAGGGCCUGCAUUGAUGAGGUUCAAUUCAGGUGAUCGACUCUCAUCAGGAAUCUGGAGAUAGAGUUGUCGAAAUUGAAGUACGAGUAGCUUUUUUGGUUUACCAUCUCAGAAAGUAAAGUGGGUGUAGUAAUGUACUUUGAAGCAGCAUUGUUAUGGCAAAUGAUACCAAGCUUUGUUUUGUAGUUGGAUAUCAUAAUAUUGAGUUUGUAUUCAUGUAACUUAGUUUAGUUUAGGGAUCCUUGUUGCAUUCAUCGUAGGCAGGUCAUACGUGUUGUCGCCGACAACCUUUGCCUGCCUUAGAAAGCUAGCUCUUUUAGUACAACUGACUUGAGAGUUUUUAGACUCUUCAAUUAUGCACGACAACUUUGGGUAAAAUUUUCAUUUCUACUUCUUGGA